GAGCUUGUUUCUGUUUCUAAUUUUAUUCAUUCCAGGUUUUUGCAAGCCAAUGCGUCCGACAAGCCUCCCUGCCGACGAUGUCCACGCGCCCGAGCGCUGGCGGCGUCGCGCGACCAACAACAACAACGAGGUGCCGUUGCUACACAAGCCAGAGAAGGCCGCGACCGAGGACGGGCUGCAACUUCAACUUGCGCCACCAUCCUCGACGAUCUGGCGCCGACGGUUCCCAGAGUCGGGCUGGCGGUCGCCCAAGGUCCGGCCGCGCGUCUCCAACCAAGAGCAGCGCGUCGCGACGCUUUCGUUACCCCGCGAUGGCCCGACGACCGCCCUUUUUGACUUUAAGAAUCUCUAAUAGCAUGCUACAUUCUCUUUCUGCAA